GUUCUUUCUACUUAUUAAUUGUAAUUGUAGUGUUGUUAAUUGUAUCUCUUCUUAUAAAUUAAUUUAUGUAUUAAAUAUAUACUACUGAUAUAUACUUUCAGUUUCAGUGCACGAUCAAAUUCAUUCCCUAAUAUCAGUGUACUGUAACUCUUAUAUUUAUAAAUAUUUUUAAUUCCUCGGCAUAUUCAUUACAAGACACCGAUAUCUACGGAAAAAAGACAUAUUUUAUUUACUUAUUUAUACAUAAUUAAAAUUCAUAUUACAUCGCCUUCCUUUAUCGGUGGUCGCCUGCUGGAAAUUAUCGUUAAAAAAUUAAGUAGGUACAAAGUAAAACUGUUACUAAUUAUGAUUACCGCAAGUAAAAUAAUCAAACCUACAAAGACCUCCAUAACACUGCAUAGUGGAAAUCCUUAUGUACUUCAAAUUAGAAACACUUCAAGAUACAGAAAAAUUCGGGAUGUCAACUACCAGUACAUUCAACAAAGUAAACUGCCAACUAUGCACUUUCAAAAGUCUUUACCACGGUUACCUAUACCGGAUUUAUCCAAGACUGGUGAGCGUUUCCUAAGGUCAAUAAAACCAUUGCUAACUGAUGAUCAAUAUAACCAAUCUGAACGCCGUACCUUAGACUUUGUAACUAAUGAUGGAAAAAUAUUGCAAGAGAAAUUGAUAGCUAAAGACAAUCGUUGUAAAAAUACAAGCUAUAUAUCUGAAUAUUGGUUUGAUUUAUAUUUACGAGAUCGUGCCGCUUUGCCUAUAAAUUAUAAUCCAUUGUUGGUAUUCCAAAAUGAUUCUCGUACUGCCUACAAUGACCAGUUAUUAAGGGCUACAAAUUUAUUAAUCAGUGCUGUGAGAUUCAUGUCAUCACUGAGAGAACAAAUCUUAGAACCUGAGGUGUAUCAUUUAAAUCCAAAAAAAAGUAACACUCAGACAUUCAGAACUAUCACUGGACUUUUACCAGAAGCUGUAUCAUGGUAUGGUGCAUAUUUAUUUAAAGCAUUCCCUUUGGACAUGAGUCAAUUUGUUGGGUUAUUCGGUGGGACACGCCUACCUCAAUUAAAUAAAGAUAAAAUAUUUCAUGACCCAUCAAGUAAACAUGUGGUUGUGCAGAAAAAUGGAAACUUUUAUAUAUUUGAUGUAUUUGAUGCUGAUGGGAACAUUUUAUCACCUUCUGAAUUUCUGGGAAACUUAAGUACUAUCAUCAAGGAUGAUACUCCAAAAGCAGCCCAUCCAUUAGGCAUUUUGACAUGUCAAAACCGUGAUGUAUGGGCAGAGCAGCGUGCACAUUUAGAAUCAACAGGCAAUCAGGAGAGUUUGCGCAAAAUAGAUUCAGCAAUAUUUAAUUUAGUACUAGAUGAUAUUGUGAUACAGGACGAUAAACACAAGAUCCUCAAACAUUUUCUACAUGGUGAAGGGACAAACAAAUGGUUUGACAAGUCCUUCAGCCUGAUUGUAACUGCUGAUGGUGUAUCUGGAGUGAACUUUGAACACUCGUGGGGCGAUGGGGUUGCUGUACUCAGGUUUUUCCAAGAUGUAUACAAUGAAACCACAUCUAAACCCUUUGUCCAUCCAGACACCAAGCCUUCUGACAGCAACAUAACUGUUAGUAAAUUAGAUUUCAAUUUGGAUGACAAAUCAAAAGAUUUCAUAGAAAUGGCAAAGAAAGAAUAUAAUCAAUGGUGCGAAUCUCUAAGUAUUGACUACAUUUUAUAUGAAGGCCUUACAAAAGAAGCAUGUAAAAAAUUUAAAGUCAGUCCGGAUUGUAUUAUGCAACUGGGAUUUCAAGCUGCUCACCAUCUUCUUCGUGGAAAUUACGUUGGAACAUACGAAUCCUGCAGUACGUCUGCUUUCAAACAUGGCCGGACUGAAACAAUGCGACCAUGCACUGAGAAGACUAAGGAAUUUUGCGACUCACUGCACCUCAAUAAAUCUUCUAAAGAGGAGCUGCGAGCCAUUAUGCAAGAAUGUUCGACGAACCACAGUCAACUGGUGAAAGAAGCAGCUAUGGGCCAAGGUUUUGAUCGGCAUUUAUUUGCCCUGAAGAAAAUAGCUGCGGAAAAUAAUUUACCAAGGCCAGAAUUAUAUGACUCAUAUGAGUACAAGUACUUGAAUAAAUCCAUAUUAAGUACAAGCACACUGUCAGCGCCGAGUGUAAUGGCUGGAGGAUUUGGACCUGUAGUCAAAGAAGGUUUCGGUAUAGGAUACUCAGCCUUUCCUGACAAAUUGGGUGCCGCAGUAACUAGCUACAAACACUACAAUGACAGUUCACAAUUCAUCGAAGCCCUACACAAAUCGUUUGUUGAUAUCACAAAAAUUUUAUCAUGUUAACAUAGAAAAUAUUAUUUCUACAUAAUAAGAAACUGUUGGUUUAUAAGAGAAAGUAGACGAAUUAACUAUUUAUUUACACUUACAUAAUAAUUUAAUAAAUUAGAUUAUGAUAAAUAUAUAACAUAUAUAAAUUUAUCACUAUAGUCAAUGGGUAUGUAGGUAAUAGGGUAAAUAUAGAAUCAUGGGAUUGUAUUUUUAUAUAAGCUUUAUUAAUAAUUGGGAAAAAAGUCCAGGGUAAUAUUUAAAGGAUUAUUUAGCUUUCCUUGUGAGUGCAUUAUUACUACACCACCAAUAUGUGUAUAUAUGGUAUUAUGUAAGGAUUAAAGAAGUUUUUUACCACUUAUACUAAGCGACAUACUUGUAAUACAAGCCAACAUUUUAUUUUUUAAUAUCAUAAAAAAAAUCACCUAUUAUGUAAAUAAUGCAUAUGUUAUAUAUCCGUCAUAUUCAUUUUGGCAAAAAUACAUAGUGUUAUAUUAGAAUACAUAAUGUGAUAUAUUAGCAGAUAUCAUGUAUCUGUGUAUGACUGACAAUCUCGAAUAAUACAGCAUAAUUUGUGAAUAUAAAAUUGAUUUUUACCUUCAUAACGCACUGAGUAGACAUUUAACAUAGAUCUUUAGUAAUUUGCGGUAAUUUAAAAAUAAUUUGUUUUCAAAUUUCGUCCUAUGUUGACAAUAUCAGGUAAAUUAAACUAAUUAACUGUUGAAUAGUUAAAUCAUUUUCUUUCUCGUGGAAAGAUUAACUUGUAAGUAACAGUAAUAUUUUUACAAUGGGGUCUAAAUUAUAAUUAAAUUAUUAGAUUUAGUCAUCGUAUAUUAUUGCCUGACAACAUUUGUUUAUUCGUAACUUUUUAUUUGUAAUCGAAUGAUAAUUGCUAGUUGACUUGUAAGUAAUGGUGUUAUAUUUUUUACAAUGGGUAUAAUUCUAUUCUAUAAA